AUGUCAUGCAACUUCUUCAGCCUCUCCCGCGAACUUCGCGAUCAGAUCUAUGAGCUGGUCUUAUUGCACCAAGAACUAAUCGAUCCCUGGGUUGAUUACUAUUUACGACGGAAGCUGACCCCUGAGCUCCUCCACGUGAACAAGACUAUCCACCGCGAAGCCAGCUCGGUAUUCUACGCCCAGAAUCGCUUCGAUUUUACCACGCGCACCCCUGAGGACGUAGCCUCGUUCCUCGGGCAAAUCGGCCGAAACAACGCAGACUAUAUCCGACAUAUCUGUGUCGACUUUCCGAAAUUCCUCUAUCUAGACCCCGGUGAUGUCACCCUCGAGGACGAUAGCGUUGUCACCCUCGAGGACGAUAGCGUUAGCAUCCUCGCGAACAUACAGAGCCGCUGCGCCAAUUUGAGCACGCUCACGACGUCCCUAUAUAGCACAAAUGCCAUGGAGCUUAGGCUCGACGCACUAGACAACCCCAAGGUCGUUAUUGAGGCUUUAAAGCUGGUCAAUACUCACUUCAGAGCCAUUUCGUCCCUACAAGAGGUCAUCGUUGAGGUGUAUGAAGACGGCCCGAGUGAUCAUAUACGAAGGAAAAUGGAGAGUCACGGAUGGACAAUCAGUAUUGCAGAAUAUGUGGAAGAGGACUCCGACAGGAAUUUCAGUGACUUUGGAAAUGAUGAUUAUGGCUAUCAUAGGAGUCGUGAUGAUGAUGACGAUAAUUAUGAUUUUGACAAUGAUAGUGACUUUUGGAGAAGAGCGGCUGACUGA